GCUAUUUAAAUCGACGUAAUCACCUGAUAAUCCACACGACACGCGUUAUUUACAGAAAUUAGCAUAUUUUGUGAUGUAGUAAAUUAUUGUAGCAGGAAUCAUUGGGUCAGAUUUGAGUCCCGGGUCUCUGGCGAACACGCAUCCAAAACAAAAGGAUGAACGGAAACCGGAACUGAAACAUUUUUUUUUCUCGGUGCGCGUAAACGAAACGACUUCACGUUCUGUAAUGUAAAAAAAAAAAAAAAUCGGCGUCGUUAUGUCGCGUUCUCGUCUCAGCUGACGCCUUUAACGUGCGCGAGCGCGGACAAUCUGACAGGAAAAAAAAAAUCUCCACAAACGCGAACGUUUCCUCGGUUAAUUGUUGUUCGGAGGAUUUUUACACGCGCACUUACACACACACCGCUUACGCUUCCCAUCUUUCAUGUCGAUGGAAGGCAUUUGAUCGGUCAAAGCCUGCUACAGUUGCUUCACAUUAAAUAAAAAAUUCCACUCGGAGACUCGGCAGCUAAACCCGCAAAAAUGAGAAAAAUGUCCAUGCUCGAAGGGAAAGCUGGACAGGCGCCGACAUUGUGAGUUGUUAGCACUCGGAGGGUGGCCGCUGUGCAUUGGACACCGCCGCUAGACCACAUCUCACUAGGUAUCUACUUGAAUGUGUCACUUUGAGACCACAACGUGGACCACGAGGACCUUAAUUGAUCAGGUUGAUCAACAUUUCUCACCGUUGCCUUUCUUGACUCAGUGGCUUGUUGCAGAACUUUUAACAGAUUUGACAGAAAAUGGCAUCUGGACAGUACCUGAAACUCAUCAUUUCUAUUGGUUCUGUCAUUUCAUGAAGCCGCUGAAUAUGGCUGAACUUGUAAGACGUAGAUCUGCAUUACCACAAGCACUCCUCUGCAUGAGGGUUCAGUAAGUCCCGGUCUCUGUCCGAUUGAAUGUUUCCUUUCAAAUGUUGUGAGGUCAAAGGAAAGAGCGGAGGUGUAUUGGUGUUCCUUAAGUGGACAGCGCCUGUAGAGACAGUGGAGCACUUGGGUUUGUUGGCCCUUGUUGGGUCACAUCCCAAUUCUCUCCUUAGGCCUUUUAGGCCUUUCUUUCUUCAUUCCUCUGUCCCCCAACUUCCACCAUUCGCCCCUCACUGGCCACAGCUGUCCUCCCUCCCCGUUCCCGCCCCCACCAACCCAUCCCUUCUCCCCACCAUACCCCUAGUCACCCCACCCCCCACCCUUCCAUGGCCACCAGCACAGCACGAGAGCACCUUCUUGUGGUGCGAAGGCGCAACCCACACAUGCGAUACACACUGGGCCCGGAAAACCUGCGCGGAAGUGGCAAUGUUGGAACAUCUAGAGGAGGCACCGCAGCCGAGACGGUGGGUCUCCAACGGGCCAACAGUGAUACGGACCUGGUUACAUCAGACAGCCGCUCCUCCCUUACUGCCUCCACCUAUCAGUUCACCCUGGGAAGAGGACAAAACCUCGUCAUCUCCUGGGACAUCAAGGAGGAGGUGGAUGCCACAGACUGGAUCGGGCUUUACCACAUUGAUGAAACAUGUCCAGCUAAUGUGUGGGACUCGAAGAACCGCGGCGUCAAUGGGACACAGAAGGGAAAGAUCGUCUGGAGGCUGGAGGCCGGGCCUUAUUUCAUGGAGCCUGAGACCAAAAUCUGCUUCAAGUAUUAUCAUGGAGUGAGUGGAGCUUUAAGAGCAAUGACACCCUGCAUCACUGUAAAGAACCCUGGUGUGCUGGCUGGAACAGGAGGACAAGUGGACGGUCAGUCUGUAGCUGAGCAUUGCCGGAAACUCGUCAGCUUCACCUUAUCAGACAUCAGAGCUCAGGGCCUUAAGAAAGGCAUGUUCUUUAAUCCGGACCCGUAUCUGAAGAUGAGCAUCCAGCCUGGAAAACGCAGCGGCUUUCCUGCCUUCACACACCACGGCCAAGAGAGACGAGCCUCCAUCAUCUCCAACACCACCAACCCUGUGUGGCAUGGAGAGAAAUACACCUUCGUCGCACUCAUGACCGAUGUUCUGGAGAUCGAGGUGAAGGACAAAUUUGCUAAAAGUCGGCCAAUCAUCAAGCGCUUUUUGGGUCAGCUGACCAUACCUGUGCAGAGACUUCUGGAGAGACAUGCGGCGGGGGAUCAGCCUGUAAGCUAUACUUUGUGUCGCCGUUUGCCCACGGACCAUGUAAGUGGUCAGCUUCAGUUCAGGGUGGAGAUCACAUCUACUGGACACGAGGAUAUUAUGGGCUCCCUCCUGGGGGCUGCUUCUGUGAACGGAGACCCGGGCAGCCCCUCUGAUGACGAGGACGUGGUCCCUCCAUCUGUCCGCAUCCCCAGAACUGCAUCUCCAACCUGCUCUGAGGGUUCUAUCCAUAACGAGACCUUUAGGACUGACGACGGUCCGUCGGAACCUGACGAAGAGCGCAAUCUUAGGGACGUAGUCAUCGAUUUAGGACACGCCCAGAGGCAGACAUCUCUCAAUGAUUAUCUCGACACCAUUGAGGCUCAGAAUGGUCCUGGAGAUCGACCCCUUGGAGCGGCGUCACCUAAACUGCGUUCCAGCUUCCCCACUGAUACGCGGCUCAACGCGAUGCUGCACAUCGACUCGGACGAAGACGAAGAAGCACACGUCAGUCUAGGGAUGGCCAAUGGAGUCGCAUCUGAACAGGAGCAGAUGGAGGGGUGUAAGACAGAGGGAGAGAGGAGUCCCACUGCUAGUGAAGACACAGCGCCUUCACAGUCGGCUAGCGGUACUGCGAAGGCCCAAAACGGCGAAGUGGAAGGGAGCCAGGAAGGAGCAGCCAGUGCAACCGCCCAAUCCCAGUCUGUAUCCCUGAUUCCUGCAGCUCAGGAUAAAGAUGCAGCCGCCGAAGGCGCGAGCGAGGCUGUCUUUGUAGUGAGCGAAGCCACCGUUUCCGAAACCUCCACAGCUAGCUGUGGUGUAGCUAGUGCAGAGGGUGGAGCUUCUGCAUGUGACCAACCGGAGCCUGUCGUCUCUCAGGAACGGCUUAACGAAGCCAAUGGACAGGAAGAAAAUAACGAGGUGUGGAGAAGGAGGCAGAGCUUGUUAGCAUCAGGGGAGGAAUCACAGGCAGAAGGGACAGAGUCCUCAGGAACACGGAGAACCGACUCGGCGGAAACGGACGGGGAGUUAGGAGCCAGCGCUCAGGUGAACGGUCAUCAACCCGUCCGCUCUCUUCCAGCGGUGCGUCAUGACAUCAGCCGCUACCAGAGAGUGGACGAACCGCUACCACCAAACUGGGAGGCUCGCAUUGACAGCCAUGGGAGAAUCUUUUAUGUGGAUCAUGUGAACAGAACCACCACCUGGCAGCGGCCCACUGCUCCGGCUGCUCCUCAAGUCCUGCAGAGGUCCAAUUCCAUCCAGCAGAUGGAGCAACUGAACCGCCGGUAUCAGAGCAUCCGGAGAACAAUAACCAACGAGCGCACAGAGGAGCAGGCAGCAGAGAUGCCCUCAGACGACACAGACCUGAUGCAUCACACCAUUCCUGAGUACCGCAGGGAUGUAGCGGUUGGAUCUGCUAACUACUGCUCACGUCUCUCACUGCUACUACAGUCGCCCAGCGCCAAAUUUCUCACCAGCCCCGACUUCUUUAGCGUACUCCACUCCAACCCUAGUGCCUACCGCAUGUUUACGAGUAACACGUGUCUGAAGCACAUGAUCAGUAAGGUGCGGCGUGAUGCGCACCACUUCGAACGUUACCAGCACAACCGAGACCUGGUGACUUUCCUCAACCUUUUCGCCAACAAGCAACUGGAGCUGCCACGUGGCUGGGAAAUGAAACACGACCACACGGGCAAGACGUUUUUUGUGGACCACAACUGUCGCUCCACCACCUUCAUAGACCCGAGGUUACCUCUGCAAAGUGCUCGGCCCAGCGGCCUGCUCGCUCAUCGCCAGCACCUGAGCCGUCAGCGCAGCCACAGCGCUGGAGAGGUGGUCGAUGAUCCACGUCACGCCGGUCCUACCGUCCUGCCCCGGCCGACCAACACUUUUAAUGCUGCCGGACGCAAUCAUUGCCAGGACAUGGUACCCGUCGCAUACAACGAUAAGAUCGUGGCCUUUUUAAGGCAGCCAAACAUAUUUGAGAUCCUGCAGGAGAGACAGCCCGAGUUCAGUAGGAAUCACUCACUCAGGGAGAAGGUGCAGUUUAUCCGGAACGAGGGCGCGGCCGGCUUGGUGCGACUCUCCAGCGAUGCAGAUUUGGUCAUUUUGCUAAGCUUGUUUGAAGAGGAAGUGAUGUCGUAUGUGCCCCCCCAUGCCUUAUUGCAUCCCAGCUACUGUCAGUCUCCACGGGGUUCUCCGGUUUCUUCCCCGCAGAACUCGCCCGGCACACAACGAGCCAACGCCCGUGCUCCUGCGCCUUACAAGCGAGACUUCGAAGCCAAACUCCGCAAUUUCUACCGCAAGCUUGAGACCAAGGGCUAUGGCCAGGGGCCGGGGAAAGUCAAACUGAUCAUGCGCAGAGAUCACUUGCUGGAAGAUGCCUUCAACCAGAUCAUGUGUUACUCCAGAAAGGACUUGCAGCGAAGUAAACUUUACGUCAGCUUCGUCGGUGAGGAGGGGCUGGACUACAGCGGCCCUUCGAGAGAGUUCUUUUUCCUGGUGUCACGUGAACUCUUUAACCCCUACUACGGCCUGUUCGAGUACUCGGCCAAUGACACCUACACCGUCCAGAUCAGCCCCAUGUCUGCCUUCGUCGACAAUCAUCACGAGUGGUUUCGCUUCAGUGGCCGCAUCCUCGGCCUGGCUCUCAUCCAUCAGUAUCUGCUCGAUGCCUUCUUCACACGACCUUUCUACAAGGGGCUACUGCGUAUUCCAUGUGAUCUCAGUGAUUUAGAGUUUCUGGAUGAAGAAUUCCACCAGAGCUUGCAGUGGAUGAAGGACAACGAUAUCGAGGACAUGCUGGACCUCACCUUCACUGUUAACGAGGAGGUGUUCGGACAGAUCACAGAGCGAGAGCUAAAGCCUGGGGGUGCUAACAUCCCUGUUUCAGAGAAGAACAAGAAGGAGUACAUCGAACGCAUGGUGAAGUGGAGGAUAGAGAGAGGAGUUGUUCAGCAGACCGAGAGUCUGGUGCGAGGCUUUUAUGAGGUGGUGGACGCUCGGCUGGUGUCGGUUUUUGACGCCCGGGAGUUGGAGCUGGUGAUCGCUGGCACAGCUGAGAUCGAUCUGAGUGACUGGAGGAACAACACAGAAUAUCGUGGCGGUUACCAUGACAACCACAUUGUAAUCCGCUGGUUCUGGGCAGCGGUGGAGAGGUUCAAUAACGAACAGAGGCUGAGGCUCCUUCAGUUUGUAACAGGCACCUCCAGUAUUCCUUACGAAGGUUUCGCCUCACUCAGGGGUAGCAACGGCCCCCGCCGGUUCUGUGUGGAAAAGUGGGGCAAGAUCACAUCUUUACCCAGAGCUCACACCUGUUUUAAUCGUCUCGACCUGCCGCCGUACCCCUCGUUCUCCAUGCUGUAUGAGAAAAUGCUGACCGCAGUAGAGGAGACCAGCACCUUUGGUUUGGAGUGAACUUUGAUCACGGUGUCUGCACGAUUCUUCAGAAUCCACCACCAGAAACAAACUGCUAGCAAACACACUUUCCAAUCCAUUUCCGUGCACCAAUCAGUGACAAGUGUAGUUGAUCCUCCCAUCUGGUUGGGCGCGAGAGCAGACCAUGCACCUGGGAUUAAAGGAACUGGAUAGAGGAAAUAGAGGGUGUGGUGGGUGAGUUGUAGCUCACUCACCAUGAUGUAGUGUCAAGUCUCAAGACGGUCGGGUUCUUCAGUGUAUGUCACAUGUAGAACGUCUGCCAAAAUGUUCUGAAUGUCCACAACUCUGAACAUCUAAAGCACGGACCAAAGUGGCUCAGAAAUCCAGUGGGCGACUAUGGAACAAUUUUUCAUACAGAAUCCCACGCGAGAGAUCCGAGAGAGUUCUUCUGCAAAAAAGUCUUUUUAUACUCAAGCACAAGGAUGACACUUCUAUACUAUAUAUCAGUGCUUUCUUAUAUCACCACACUUUCACACACUCUGUUUGAAAUGUAUACACUUUAUCACCUUUCUAUAGAUAAUUAUGUUUAUACUUGCUGUACAAAGCCUUCUUUAGGUUACUCAAAUGUCUAUAACACAGUAUGUGGUAAGUCUGGGACACGAACCUUUCGGUUUCCUCGUGUACAAUGUGCUAUACGGAGAAACAAAUUUAAGGCAGUAGGAAUAUACUUUCGACCGAAUUUGAAGUUGAAGAGUUGGUUGUUUUUGUUUUCUAUUCCAAAACGUGGAAGCUUUAGAUGGGAUGCACAGAUGUCUCCGAGGAACUGAGGAACAGCUUCACGUCGUAGCCGCUUGCGCUCACGUUUCCCUGGAUUCUUAUCCACACUGCCAUAAUCUGUGUGCAUCAUGUACUCGCGGCUUUUAACGAAUGUUUGUUUUUAGUAAAACACACUCGUCUGCACAAACUUUAACUGGAAAUAAUCAUCAUCUUCAUAGGUUCACUCCAGUUUACGUGUUUCUCCUUCUGUUCCAUUAUUUAUGCUAUUUCAAUUGCACUGAAUGUACCAAAGGUUCAGGGAUCGGCGCGGACCGUCCUGAUAUUCCUCCCUUCCCCCCUUUCUUCACUUCUUGACUUUUUUCAUAGUGCUAUUGUCUGUUUUUUGCACUCAUCUGAAAGUAAAAGGAAAUCGUUGAUUACA